GAAGGAGAAUACAAAAACAGAAACUUGAGAUUAAUAAAGGGCCCUUCUUGUCCACCCCGUCCCUCCUUUUGUCCCUCCCAUCCCUCCCUUUGUCCCAUCCCUCCUUGCUUUGCUCCUUGAGAGGGGUCCCCAUCCCCACCCCUGUCCCCCGGGAGUCCCUGAAGUCACCAUGGACUGAGGGCAUACCAGCAGCCCAUCUCAUUCACCCUGCUGGAGUGGGGCUGUGGGCCUCGGCAUCCCACCUCCAGACCGCUGACACCUAAGAAAGAGCCUCGACGUGGAGCCUGCGUCUUGACCAGAUGUACUUUGACUCUGAUGACAGCACUAGGAUUGAUUGGCUCCAGUUGCAUGACAUAGAUAUAUAGGAGCACUCGUACUCCUUGCUCACCUUGGGGAUCUUGAAGAAGUUGCUACUGCUGAUCAUCAUAAAACAGGAAGCACUUGGGAAGAAGGAUGUUGCUGUUCGAAACAGUCGCGCUUCUGCUGCUGCUGAGCUGCCCAGGCCUUGGGAAACCCACUGAGCUGAUCAGCUGCCUUCCUGGAUGGUCCUACUCCAAAACCAGCUGCUUCAGGUACUUCCGGAGUCAGCGGAGCUGGGCGGAAGCUGAGGCCCAUUGUCAGUCAUUAAAGAAGGAUGCUCAUUUGGCCACUCUCCAUGAGGCCAAGGACCUGCAUUACAUUGCCCUGGUUGUUUCAUACUAUCAGCAAACCCAACCUGUGUGGAUUGGCCUGAAUUACCCUCAGAAGAACCAAGGCUGGAAGUGGCUUGAUGGAAGCACAUAUAAGUCCACUUCAUGGCUUUCUGCCAGUGGGAGCCAUAGUGGAUCAUGUGCCGAGCUCUCCCAGGAUUAUGGGUUUAAGAAGUGGUCUGGUGCUGACUGCCAUGAAGCUCAUCACUUCGUGUGCAAGUACACAGUCCUACACUGAGCAACAGGUCCCACAGCCACCAGUCCCUGCUCCUUGUGCUAUCCUGACACCUUCAUCACAUGGCAAAGCUUGAUUUAGUUCCUGCCAAGGAGAAACACACAACUUGUCCAUAAGCCAUGACUAUUCUCUGCAGUGAUCUCUGCUGUUCUGUCUCAGCAGGGCUGGCUUUUUUCUGCUAAAUGUCUCUCUUACUGAAUGAAUUUUGUGCUAUUAGAAGGCUUCAAACCAAUGGCAGUAGAAUGUGAAAUCUCAUAGUUGCAGGCUGGAGGCCAUCUCCCCCUUCCCAGUUCAGAGGCUUAUGUGGGUUCACUUGGAGAUAUCUAUUGCUGGGUUCAGUAUCUCUAGCAUAAUCCUCCCCCAUGUUACCUGCCCUACAGAGAGAGAACCCUAUUUCUACCCCGUGACCUAUUGACUCAGGCCCUCCUGUUGGUAUCAUUGGCACAGUUAGUGCCAGAUACCAGUCCAGAGUCUCUUCAUGUAGACUCCCAUCUACUAAAGACUGGGCUGAGAACCAGCAGCUCACAUUACACAGGCUGAGCCCACCCCAGUCUUCCCCAGCCAUCACAAGGGAAAGAUUAUUGGUCCUUAAUUGGCCGAAAUCAGAUGCGACUCUGCAAGGCAAAGCAAUGAUCCUCUUAUCCUGGGAAUGUCUGCUCCCUCCUUCACUCCUGAAAGCUGCUGGCAGUGCGUGCUAACCUGUAUCUCUGAAUAAACGGCAAUGGUACAGCUCUGUGC